AUGGACUCCAAGAAUUUGGCAAUAGGAAUAAUAUUCUUAUCACAGAGUACAGUGGGAAUACUGGGAAACUUUUCUCUUCUUUUUGACUAUCUAGUCUUUUACCAAAACAAAAAGAAGUUAAAUCAAAUGGAUUUGAUUCUCAUGCACAUGAUUAUGGUCAAUUCCUUGAUCCUUCUAAUUAAAGGAUCAUCCAACACACUGGCAGCUUUUGGUAUGAAACAAUUCUUCAAUGACUGGAGCUAUCAACUCUUUCUGUAUAUUCUUAGAGUUUUGAGGAGCAUGUCCAUUGUCACGACCUGCCUCUUGAGUAUCUUCCAGGUGGUCACCAUCAGCCAUGAGAACUCCUGUUGGAAAAAACUUAAAGUCAAGUCUUCUUGGGACAUUGGUCUCUACAUUUCUGUGUGUUGGAUUUUUUACAUCAUGGUAAAUGUCAUUUUCCCAGUGUAUAUAGCUAUAAAAGGUAUUAGAAAAAACAUAACAAAAGAGACAAAUUUUGAACACUAUACUGUUGUAGGUCAUGACAAAAUCACAGUCUCCUUAUAUAUAGCUUUUUUUAUGCUUCCUGAAGUUCUGUUUUCUGUCCUCAUCACCUGCUCCAGCAGCUCCAUGAUUGUCAAUCUUUGCAGGCACAAGCACCAAGUCCAAUACAUUCACAGCACUCAUGUUUCCCACAGAAGAUCCAUGGAGUCCAAAGCAACCUACAACAUCUUGGCCCUAGUGUCCACCUUUCUGGCUUUUUAUACCUUCUCUGCAAUCUUACAUGUUUGUGCUUCUCUAACAGAUGAUAAAAGUUCAUUGUUGGUGAACAUCACAGCAAUCUUAACACUAUGUUUUCCUAUUUUGGGCCCCUUCAUCCUUAGAGUCAGGACUUUACCCUGUCCAGUCAAUGCUUUCUAUGGAAAAAGGAUAUAA